CUGCUGAGCAGCGCGCGGCUUUUCUCCGUGCGCCCCGAGAGCCACCGGACUCCUCAGAUAUUGGUCCAGGUCCCCGCGCGGCUGUCAGGUAUAACGACGAUUGAUUUUCGCGCCCGUGGCGAUGGUGAUUGACAGAUGAUCUGACAGAGGAAGACAUCAGGUUAUUAUGGGGUGUGCCUGUUGCAAGCAGAAGAAGUCCGCCAAAGCAGCAACAACAUCAGCAGCAGCAGUAGACAUUACAGAUCUGACUCUUAACAACGCGGGUGGAGGGUUGUCUGCAGGCUUGACUCAGGGGCGUUACUGUCCUGACCCCACUCAGAGCAUCCCAGACUUCAACAAGGGUUUCUCAUCCAGUAGCAUCUUCCCCAAUGCCAGCACGCAGCAGCGGCCUGGAGGUGUAACAUGUGGUGGAGUCACGCUCUUCAUAGCUCUGUAUGAUUAUGAUGCUCGCACAGAAGAUGACCUCACUUUCCAGAAAGGAGAGAAAUUUCAGAUCAUCAACAACACAGAGGGCGACUGGUGGGAGGCUCGAUCUUUGGACACUGGCAACUCAGGUUAUAUCCCCUCCAACUAUGUAGCUCCUGUUGACUCCAUACAAGCCGAAGAGUGGUAUUUUGGGAAGAUGGGGAGGAAGGAUGCGGAAAGACAGCUGCUGGGCCAUGGCAACCAGAGGGGAACUUUUCUCAUACGAGAAAGUGAGACCACAAAAGGUGCUUACUCUCUUUCUAUCCGUGACUGGGACGAUGCCAAGGGAGAGCACGUCAAGCACUAUAAGAUCCGCAAACUGGACAAUGGUGGCUACUAUAUUACCACGAGAUCACAGUUUGAUACCGUGCCACAGCUGGUGGAGCACUACACAGAGAGAGCAGCGGGACUGUGCUGCCGUUUGAUUGGCAGCUGUAAGCGGGGCAUGCCUAAGCUGGCUGAUUUAUCGGUGAAGACCAAGGAUAUGUGGGAGAUUCCCCGUGAAUCCCUCCAGCUGAUUAAGAAACUGGGCAACGGCCAGUUUGGAGAAGUCUGGAUGGGCUCUAAUGAUGGGCUGUGUUAUUUCCUGACCAAGCCCUGCCCCAACUCCACCCCGCUCACCAUGGGUCUUGGGCGGGAUGCCUGGGAGGUGUCCAGGGAAACGCUGUCCAUGCAAAGGAAGCUGGGUCAGGGCUGUUUCGGGGACGUGUGGAUGGGCAUGUGGAACGGCACCACCAAGGUAGCGGUGAAGACUCUGAAGCCGGGAACCAUGUCCCCCGAGGCCUUCCUGGAGGAGGCUCAGAUCAUGAAGAGACUCCGCCACGACAAGCUGGUGCAGCUUUACGCCGUCGUGUCUGAGGAGCCCAUCUACAUUAUCACCGAGUUCAUGAGCCAAGGAAGUUUGCUGGACUUUCUAAAAGAUGGGGAGGGGCAGGGUUUGAAACUGCCUCAGCUGGUGGACAUGGCUGCCCAGAUUGCAGCUGGAAUGGCGUACAUAGAGAGGAUGAACUACAUCCACCGUGACCUGCGAGCAGCCAACAUCCUGGUUGGAGACAAUCUGGUGUGCAAGAUCGCUGACUUUGGCCUGGCUAGGCUCAUCGAGGACAAUGAGUACACAGCCAGACAAGGGGCGAAGUUCCCCAUCAAGUGGACGGCUCCAGAAGCUGCACUGUAUGGACGCUUUACCAUCAAGUCAGAUGUCUGGAGCUUUGGCAUCCUACUAACCGAGCUCAUCACAAAGGGACGUGUGCCGUACCCAGGCAUGAACAACCGUGAGGUGUUGGAGCAGGUGGAGAGGGGCUACCGAAUGCCCUGUGCCCCAGGCUGCCCCUCCUCACUCCAUGAACUGAUGGUGCAGUGCUGGAGGCGGGAGGCCGAUGAGAGGCACACUUUCGAGUACCUGCAGUCCUUCCUGGAGGAUUACUUCACUGCCACAGAGCCGCAGUACCAGCCUGGAGAAAACCUGUGAAAAGUGCACACACAUCGGAGAGAUGUGAAGCAAUAACCGGACAAACAGAGACAUAGAAACAUACACGUGAACAUGCCGACUGGCGUAUUGUGACUUACAUGUACAUGCUUUUUAUUGUGACACACACACACACAUGCACACAAAUAUAAAGAAACAUAUGAUUGCCUUGUUUAAUUUUUUAAAGACAAGUUCCUCUUUUUGUUCGUGAUCACUGCAGCUCAUUUGGGACAGAUCAGUCAACCAUGUUGAAGAGCAGAGUCGGAGCUCUGCUGCUCAGGCCUUGCAGUAAUGUUGCUUUACUCUGUAACCAUGACAACAAGGAACUGAAAGAAGAUGUAGAUGGUUGUGUUGGGGUGGGGGCAGUCGAGUUGGUACAUGAUCUAUUCAGCUGCCAUAUAUGUUCAGGUCCUUUGAUUCCUCUUUCUAAGAAGAGCGCUUUAGUGGGUCAAAUCUGACGUAAAUAUGUUAAAUAUGAAAGGAUCACAGGCGCAACAGGUUGUCAGACAACAGUUGGAAAAUGUUUAAAUGAACCUCAUGAACCUGUGUGGUGUCUGAAUAGAUCAUGUUCAGGCAUUCCACAAAUGUCUGUGUGAGAUUUAAGAAGAUGGCUGCUCCUAUAUUACAUGAACAUUUUCAACCUUUUCAUGGUGUUUGAAAUAAAAAAGGCUGUUUAACUGAUCCCAAAUCCAUGUCCAAACUAUCAACAUGUGUCCAAUUAUGUUCCAAAUAUGGGCUGUUUUUAGAUUUAAGUGCCUUCAAUACUGUGUUAGCCAGUCAGAGAGAUGGUGAGAAAUGCUCUUUGUUUGUCUGAUAAAUUGUUUUGAAAAUUUUGAAUGAACCGUCUCUUUUGUUGUUAAUUUAACUUGGAUAUAUCUGCAUCACAAAGACUAUUUAGUUAACAUGUAUACAGUUUUCAUCCAUUGGGAGGGCAGGGUGAAAUGUUACACAUAAAGGAGGAAAGUCAGUGUCAGUAUGGUCUUUGGAAAGAUAGUGUUUUUAUUGUAUUUCCUUGACAAGAAUGUAACCUUUAUGCUGAAAUUCCCUUGACAUGUUAUUGCAAUAAAGAUCAGAUAUCUUUGUUUA